AUGGAGGCCAACCCACCACGCCCACCUCCCGCCGCCCCCGAUGCCGAGGACGCCGCGCUGCACCACCAGAAGACCGCGCCCACCUACCUCGGGACUACCAAGCGUCUUCCCGAGUUCAACCUGGUCGACAAGGUCGUCUUAGUAUCCGGCGCGGGCCGCGGUCUAGGACUAGUCCAAGCCGAAGCCCUCUUAGAAGCCGGAGCCACUGUAUAUGCCUUAGAUAGGCUCCCAGAACCAUCCCCGGAUUUCGCGCGCGUGCAGAAACGAGCCGCCGAGGAGCUCGGCACCUCGCUCUCAUACCGCCGCAUCGAUGUCCGCGACGUCGAGGCCCUGAACGCCACGGUGGCCGAGAUUGCUGAUACGCAUGGCCGCAUGGAUGGCCUGGUUGCGGCGGCUGGCAUUCAGCAGGAGACGCCGGCGUUGGAGUAUACCGCCAAGGACUGCGAUACCAUGAUGAGCGUCAAUGUCACGGGAUGUUUCAUGACGGCGCAGGCAGUUGCGAAGCAGAUGAUUCGUUUUGGGAACGGAGGCAGUAUGGUGUUGAUUGCGAGUAUGAGUGCCAGUAUUGCGAACAAGGGUCUCAUCUGCCCCGCCUACAACGCCUCCAAAGCCGCAGUGCUGCAGCUGAGCCGCAACCUGGCUAGCGAAUGGGGCCAGUACGGCAUCCGGGUGAACACGAUCUCGCCGGGCUACAUCGUGACUGAGAUGGUGGAAGCGCUCUUCGUGCAGUACCCCGAGAGGAGGACGGACUGGCCGACGCAGAACAUGCUGGGCCGGCUGAGCAAGCCCGAGGAGUACCGAGGCGCCGCGGCCUUCUUGAUCAGUGAUGCUAGCAGUUUCAUGACGGGGUCGGAUUUGCGCAUAGAUGGCGGCCAUUCCGCUUGGUAG